AUGUCUGUUGAUCUUCAGCCAGCCGAACUGGGCUUCAGACGCCCUUUCAACCGGGAAGUCACUGAGGUCCUCAAGCUCAGCAACACAAACAGCGCUCCCGUUGCAUUCAAAGUCAAAACGACCGCACCCAAGCAAUAUUGCGUGAGACCAAACUCGGGCAUGAUCCCACCGAAUGGAGAAGUCGAAGUGCAAGUUCUUCUGCAAGCCAUGAAGGAAGAGCCACCCCUCGACGCCAAAUGCCGCGACAAGUUCCUCGUACAAUCCGUCCUCACAUCUGCCGAUCAGGACCCCAACGUCACGACACUCUGGCAAACAGUCGAGAAGACGGCCAAGAGCACAAUUCAAGAGAAGAAGAUCAGAGUCAAUUUCCUGCCUGCAACAGGUGCAACUCCCAACGGCGUUUCCUCCCAUGAAGAGCAGCCGCCUGCAUACUCGUCUCCUUCUCCGCAAUUUGACUCCCCAGCUCCUCGCUCAUCGGCCGGAGGUUUGUCUACGGCCGAGUCGGCCAAGUCGUCGGUGGCGAACGUGGCUGAAGCCACUGGUCUUGCGGCCGCUGCUUCCACUGUAGCAAGUGCUGUACCGACCUCCAACCAGGAACUGCAAGAACAACUAGCAGCCGCACGUGCUCAGAUCAAGAAACUGAGCGACCAGAUUCAAGACCCGCAAUUCCGACAGAGAAAGGUCCAAGAAGCAAGUGAAAAAGUCCAGACGGUGGUACAACAGAGCAACGAGUCCGGAGUACCAUUGCAGAUCGUUGCUGGUCUUUGCCUACUUAGCUUCUUGAUCGCAUAUCUCUUCUUCUGA